AUGCAAUCACCCAUUUCGCUGCGAAAUCCACCACAGAGGGCAAAAACCGCAUCUCAAGUCAGUACGGCUGGCCUGCCCCGUUCAGCUAAUACAGUCUCUUCUGUUCUUCGAGCCAAGAAUUCCUCAUCCCUAAACACCCUAAACACCCUGAAAUCCCGCCGGAAAUUGGCCCACCAGAAAUCCAAACUUGAUCUCAUAGAUGAUACCACAUUGACGUCACUACCGUUUCCUCCGCCGCCACCCCGGGCAAAACUUAAUCGCAGCAAUUCUACCAUUAGUGAUUUCCCCAGUUCCUCCAAUUUUUUGUUGGAACCUCCACUUAUACCAGUACGAACGUCCAAUUCGGCCUUCGAGAGCCUAGAUUGCUCUACGUUUCUGAGUUCUACAUUCACCGUGACGGAAGAUCCAGAUGAAUGCUCCGAUGAGACAGAUGAUCCUAUUGUCUUGGUGGAAGAUUAUCUUUCGGAUGCCGUUGCCGAACGUGAAAAUACCCGCCGCUUGAUGCGCAAAGAAUCCCUUGCAACAUUCAAGCAAAAAUAUUACAAUAGCAGACUGCCGGAUCUGAGUUGUACGGAUUUUCAUCUGGUCAAACGAUCUCUAUCGGAUCAAGAAGCUGCCAACGCAGGCCAUCUUGCAGAGGACUUAGAGGCCAUUUUUGGAAAGCUCCCAGGCACAGACAAACUAAAACACUGUGUUUUCUGCGACAAACCGCUAUACGAAAUCAGCUCCAUAAUCAGCAAUUCCGACAUUGACCCGCAACCAAAGGGUAGGCCUGCUCCACGCGAAACCUAUACGGAGUUUGUAUGCUGGGACUGUAUCCACAUCUACGAACAGUUUGUGAGUGAGUUGCAUGAAAUCGAAACUCUUCUGGUCAGUAAUACAAAGCCACAGCCCACGGAGGACAUUGUUGAGAUCUUCAAGAGCCUAAGAGACUCCUGUGGCGCUAGUGCAGAAUUGAGACCGCCUAAGAAGCAAUCUAGGCGGGCAUUUUCAAAUGACUUACUUGGCCGUUUGCAUUAUUUGAGCUCUGUGUCGCAACGGCCGGCGGAAGCUUCGUGGCUCGAAAGUUUGGCUGCAAAACUAAGAUGGAACAAAAACAUCGAAUGCAUUUCCCGGACCUGUCCCAUGGGACAAGCGUCCGGAAGGUAA